AUGUUGACACACGCAGUUCAUCCGACUACUCCUUGUCGCCAGGCAGUUCUUAACCUCAGUCAAGCGCGCGUUUUAACCCCACGUGCGUCCGUAAGGAGGAGGCUCCUCUCCACGGCUGGGGCCUACAAAACUCCCAAGCCAUUCAAUGAGCCAAAUCUACACUAUGCGCCAUCAUCCCCGGAGCGGGAGAAGUUGAUUGUAGCAGUCCAAGAGUUGCGACAAAAGCUUCCAGUUCGUGUACCGUCAAUAAGAAACGGACAAGACGAACCCGCCCAGCCGAGCUCAUCUGAUGCGGAGACAUAUAUUCCAUCGGAGAUCUCAUCAGUCUUUGCCAAAUACACUCCGACAACAGAGGCGGAAGUAUCAGCCGCCAUCGAAGCGGCGCUCAAGGCCAAGACGGCCUGGCAGAACACACCCUUUGUCGAUCGGGCGGCCGUUUAUCUCAGAGCAGCUGAAUUGGUAUCCGGAAAGUAUCGAUUCGAACUGAUGGCAGCGACGAUGCUUGGGCAAGGGAAAAACGCGUGGCAGGCAGAGAUUGAUGCAGCUGCCGAGCUGGCUGACUUUUUCCGUUUCAACGUCUCAUUCGCCGAAGAGAUCUAUUCCAGGCAACCUACGCUGAAUGAGCGCGGGCAAGCAGGACGCACCGAUUGGCGCCCUCUGGAAGGCUUUGUGUAUGCCAUUUCGCCGUUCAACUUCACAGCCAUCGGCGGAAAUCUCGUGUCUGGUCCGUCGCUCCUUGGCAACGUCGUCCUUUGGAAACCUUCUCCUUCCAACGUAUACGCAAGCUACCUGGUAUACAAGAUUCUUCGCGAGGCUGGCCUCCCACCGAAUGUUGUCCAGUUCGUUGGCGGCGACGCCGAGAUGAUCACCAGAGUGGCCCUUGCACACCCGGAACUGUCCGCGAUCAAUUUUACAGGAUCUUCAGACGUUUUCCGGAGCCUUUAUGGCAAGAUAGCAGAUGGCGUUAAGGAACGAAAAUACCGUGACUUCCCACGGCUGGUGGCGGAGACCUCAGGCAAGAACUUUCACCUGAUUCACAACUCUGCCGAUAUCAGUAAUGCGGUGAAGCACACCAUUCGUGCCUCUUUCGAGUACGCGGGCCAAAAGUGCUCUGCCUGCUCGCGAAUCUACAUCCCUGCCAGCCGUGCUGAGCAGUUCUUCUCCGAGAUGAAAAAAGAGCUGAGGCAGGUCAGAGUGGGCCCACCCGAGGACUUUGAGAGCUUCACUGGUCCGGUCAUAAACCAAGCAGCAUUUGAUAAGCUCACCAAGGUCAUCGACGCUUCCAACCAAGACAGUCAGUUGGAGCUUGUGGUCGGUGGCAAGUACGACGGUAGCAAAGGCUACUUCAUUGAGCCCACCAUUUACUCUGCGAAGGACGUGGAUCAUCCUCUCUUCGACCGAGAGCUCUUUGGUCCCGUUCUGGUGGCCCACAUCUACCGCGACGAGGACUUUGACUCACUCUUGACCAAGAUCGAUAAGCAAGGCGGCGGCUUCGCGUUGACUGGAUCCAUCUUUGCGACCGACACAGCGGCGAUCCGCCAAGCGGAGGAUAGGCUUCGCUAUGCUGCUGGGAACUUCUACGUCAACUGCAAGACGACUGGUGCUGUCAUUGGCCAACAGUCUUUCGGGGGAGCACGAGGCAGCGGAACCAAUGACAAGGCUGGCAGUGCAAACAUGUUGAUGCGCUUCACGGCCCCGCGGACCCUGAAGGAGGAAUAUCAUACCCUCGACACGGUACUCUAUCCGAGCAACAGUUGA